AUGACCCCAGAAGACUUUGUCUACAAUAUGCAAGUACACAACAUUUUCAGUGCCAACAUUCGCCAAGAGCUCCAUCCCGACAUUUUACAAACAUGGAGAACGCUCGUCCCUAAACCACAGGACCGCGAACAGCUAACUCUCGAUAAUGCAUACUCCUUUUUCUUCCCAGCUGUACCGCUCCUCGCCAUGGCUUUUCUCGUUCGAAAGCGAGGCACACGACUCGUCCGACUCGCCCUACUAGUUCCGACACUCCUCCUCUUGCUCAGAUCUACCUUUGGCUUCGUCGUCAUCGAUAUUCGAUAUAGUCCAUACACAUUCAUCCAAGGUGAGACCUCUAUCCUCAAUUGUAAAAGCAUGGCAAUGACCCAAAAAGUCGCCUGCAGCGGAAUCUGCGUCGUAGGUCUAGCGUGCAUUGGCAAAGCUCUCGAAUACGGCUUCGUCCACGGACGAUUCAAACUCGCCGACGUUGUCGAUCAUCAGCAGCAGCAACACGUCCACAAGCCGCACGUCACCGUCAAGAUCCCUACAACCAAAUACAAGGAUCCAGUCGAAUCGCGCAUCGUUCGCUCGCCGUCGGGUGUGGUCCUUCAGUACAAGCCCCUCCCAAACGGUCCCUUGGCGUCCAACGGUGCACCCCGCACACCCGUACGUUCACCUUCGGGCGUCACACUUGCCUUUAAGGAUUUCUGGCGACCAUCUUCCCCGACUCCCCCUGCACCUCCUCUUCCUAUCACUAUCCCCACGUCCGUCUCCGAGUCUUCACUACUCAAAUCGCUCGCGAGACCAUUCGUCGUCACAGCCAAAGGUAUCUCAGACGCACUUGAAACCAUUUGCUCAAUACGGGGGAUUGGAUGGGAUUGGGGAAAGGGCGUCCAUGUCCCGACGGAUACGCGACCGGCGGGACGAGGUGGCUUCCUCGCCAUGACGGCUCUCUACUUUAUCGGAUCCUAUCUCCUCCUCGAUGUGGCCGAGUCCAUCCUCAAGAUCAUCCCCGGAUACACCCCUAGCGCUGGAUCUAUCUUCUUUGUCGACGCCCCACCAUAUAUUCUCAAAAACACCUUUCUCGGGCCUUAUAUUCACGAGCAUCCGCAUCUCAGCAUGCUCAUCGCGCGUUAUACAGUCUCCACCCUGCUUUCACUUCUCGUCGGAUUGGGAAUCAUGUCCGGGCUAAACACGCUCUAUUACCUCGAAACUCUCUUCUUCGUCGGAAUUCUCCAGAAUAAUCCGAAAAAUUGGCCACCGCUCUUUGACGAGCCCUGGAAGUCGGAGAGCUUGGUCGACUUUUGGAGUCGACGGUGGCACCAGAUUCUCCGACAGACAUUUCUCGUCUUUGGAGGGUAUCCCCUCCAAUACAUCUUUAGUACCCUCGUUCAUCCUUUUACCAAUUCGAGGAUGAGAAGGGUGGUCGGAAAAGUUGGCUUGAUCCUGGGUGUGUUCCUCGCUUCGGGAUGCAUUCACGGAUACGCCAUCUACUCUUGUGGUCCAGGUGGAGUUGACUACAACGCGAUUCAAUUCUUUGCAUCGCAAGCUUUGCUCGUCAUGGCGGAGCGAGUGUGGACAUACGUUACCGGACGGCCAGUAGGCGGAUGGAUUGGAACGAUUUGGGCGUGGUGUAUCGUUCUAGGUGGAAUCCAACGCACAGCCGACGCAUGGUCGUCGCGCAUGCUCGCGUCCGGAGAUCUCAUCCCGGGCUUUCUCAGUCCAACUCGCCUCUUUGUUUUUCCCGUUUUGAUCAAGCUACUCAGCUCAUAG